AUAGUACAGGGACCAGGGAAAGAGACUGAAAAAGUGAAUCAUGCCCUGCAGCAGCAUUUCAGAUUCAGGGUUACGCUGGGGCAAGCAAGCGUGGAGUCCCCGGUUUACUCUCUGUGACUGGGACACAGCUGGCUUUGAAUAAGAACAUUAAAUAUACAGCACCAUAGUUUGGUCUUGGGCCCGGCCUCCGGCCGGUGGCACCCAGCCAUUCAUCUCCGCCAGCCAAGGCCUGGCCCUGGUUUCCGCUACACAGGGGAUGUCCAACAGCUCGCAGUCACACCUGUUAGGUGUUUCUCCACUCCGCGUCUCCACCCAGCAAGCACCCCCCGCACCACCAGGGACUCCGGUACAGAGCGGGCGGAAAAGGACAGAGAGGUGGGACCCGGCCUUCUGGAGCGGACCCCCGCGAGACUCGGCACGCCAGGCCGGGUGGGGAGGGGGGCCUACCAAGGCGGGAGAGGUCGAGACCGGCGGAGAGGGGUAAGGGAAGGGCCGGGGGAAGGGCCGUAGCUGCUCGCGUUACGCUUCCAGAGCCUGCGGCAGAGGCGGCGGGGCCGAGCCGCGGAGGGGAUGGGGCUCGUACCAGCCUCCGCGUUUCUCCGCGCAGCCCCGGCCUCGCCUCCCCUGGCCCAGCCGCGGCUCUCGUUAGGCCGCCCAGAGUAAGCGCGGGCGUCACCAGCCGCACCUCGCCCGGGACUGGUGAGGAGGGCGCGGCGGAGGCACGGCGGGGGACUCCGCAAGCCAGGCGGCCCGAGCAUCCCCCAAGUGCACAAGCUCCGGCUGCUGCAGGACCGCGACCAGAACGGAGCUCCCUGCUAGCCCCCCGGAGACCGGCAGCGACCAGGAGGCGACGCGGGACUCCGCCGCUCGACUCAGCAGCUCCGCGUACCCGGUGGCGGCAACGCGGGUUCGGGCGCCCGGGUAGCCUCGGAGCCCAUGGCCGGCAGCGACGUGGACAGUGAGGGGCCGGCACAGAGGGGCGGCGCGGCGCGGCGCCCGGGGGCCCCCAGCGGGCUGGGAAGCGAGGCGGCCGCCCGCUGCCCGGAGCCGCUGUCCACUGCUGAAGCGCCGGCCGAGGGCACCGUGCUGCCCGCCUGGAUGCGCCUCUACUUCUAUGGGAUGCACGGGAUCACCCUGGACGUGCUGGUGUCCUCGGCGCGGCGCUUCGCUCGCAGCCCGGACCUCCGGAUGCUAGGUUUCUCCUCGCCCUACCGCUGCCUCCUGCACUCGCUCACCCACUUCGCCCUGGAGAAGAUCUACCUGCAGCAGCCGCGCUGCCCCAGCGCCUUCGUCUUCAAUUUCUUCCUUUACCCCUCGGCCCACGUGGGGCUGCAGACCCUGGCGGGCCAGGCGCUGCUGCUCAGCCUGGGCGGCGGGCCGGGGGGCGCGGCGGCGCCGGGGGCGCUUGACCUGGCGCUGCAGUACGUGCUGGCGCUCUACCACUGCCAAGUGUUCCUGAAGCGCUUCCUGCGCUUGCGGUACCGGCGGCAGCGGCGGCAGCAGCAACAGCAGCAGCAACAGCAGCGAAGGGGCGCUCUGCCUGCCCUUCCUGGCGCCCGGGCCCCUGCGGCGGCGAGUGGCCGGCGGCGACGACCCCGAGGCCCUAAGGGCCCGGGAGGAGCUCCUAGCCAGGGGCUACCAGACCUGCUCCGUUUUCUUUUCUUCGGAAUGCAUGGCUUUCUGGAUGAGAUCUUCUUUACCUUCUUCUUUAAUGUGCUGGGACAUGGGGACGGGGCAGCCAACGGUCACACGUCGUUGUGGUCCUUCUUUAUGUAUGGCAGCUGCAGUUUUGUGGUGGAAAAGCUCUACUUCCACCUCCAUUACAACCGCGGCUGGAGCACCUGGAAGCGGGUGCCCAUCUACGUGAUCUUCAUCUACGCGUGGGAGUUGUCCUGGGGUCUGGGACUUCGCAAGUGUGGGGCUUGUUCCUGGGACUAUUCUCACUACCCGCUCAAUUUUAUGGGUCUUAUCACUCUGAUGUAUUUACCUGGCUGGAUAUUCCUUAGUGUGUACCAGGACCUGCUUUCCAACGUGUUGUGGCGGGUGCAGUAUGUACCAGCUAACUAAGACCAGGGGGCAAAAUAAGAAAAAAGAAAAGUAAAGAGAAGAGAAAAAGUCGUUGGAACCCCACGAAUGGACGCAGAUUAUUUUUACACUUAAAAUAGAGUGGGUUUUUUUUAAGUCCUUUAAUUUUUAUACACUUUACUAACGGCUUCCAAUAGAUUUUAUUCGAUGUUUUAUCUUUUCUGACUAUUUGGAACCUAUAUAAAAUACAAUGCUUUGAAAAACUCGAAAAUGAAGUACUUAACUCAUCAAUAUUUUAAAACCUUUACAAGCCCAAACAGCAAAACCAUUAUACCUUAACAUCGGAAAGCUGAAAUAGUCAUCUGAAUGUAGAUGGGUGAUAGUUGUUAAUUUUUAUUUUUCAAUAUGGAAAUUCAAACUAGAGAACAGUGUUUUUUUAUUGGAUUUAGAGAAAUUUUCUGAUUUAACGGUUUGUUUACUUUCAUUCUAAUCCAAUUUCAUUUUCACUCUUUAUCAUAUAUACCAAUGAUAGAGGUAACUCCAUGUCUGGUACUUCUGAAGUUGCACUUGGUAGCUCUCUAAAGUGCCUCUGUCUUGCACACACAUGAAAAGAAGUUGACAAAUGUGAAAAAAAAGAAAGAAAGAAAAGAAUCCUAUGAAUAUAUUUUGAAGUGAGAAAUCCUUUCUACUAACUCAAACAGGUGACACUGUGUUAAGAUAUUGGAUCACCAUCCUGGAAAUGACUGCUUUCCAAUGUUUGUUAGCCUUAAACACCAAGCUUAUUAAUGUUGAUUAGAUCCUGUGUUAUCUGUGGUUGUAAAUUUUUGUUACUGUGCAAUAAUGUAAAUUGUUUACCCUAAAUGUCCAAGGGCCAAGUAAAAUUAACUCCACAGAAACUUUCAGCAUACAAACACAGUAUCUUGUAAUAAAAUGAAGGUGGAUGUUCACUCUAAUUACAUUAGGCCUAAUUGUUUUCUGUGAGUACAGAUACAUGUUUUUAGUAUAGUUCUGUCAUGGUUCACUUGUAAACCUUUCUUUUUUCUUCUGGGCCCAGAGUUCUGGGUUAGGUCUGAUGUACUUUAUAAAUCAAUGAUAGCUUUUUGGUGAUGUAUUAAUGUCUGAAAGCUUCAAAGUUAAAUGAGAUGAUAGAAACCAUUUUAAGAAAUCUUGUCUAAUUAAUUAAUCAUGUAUUUUGAAGUUAUUUGUUGUUUUUAUUACAUUUAGAAAAGGCAAAGAGCGUAUUGUUUAGAUAAGGAUGACUAAUACUUUCCCAGUUUUCAUUACAAAGAUAAUUUUUAAAACUUCCAGAGUGUAUUAAUCAGUAGGUUCUUACUCAAAUCAUGCUCUCACCAAUACAGUAAAAAGGGAUGUUUUUCUGUUUUUGAAAAGUGUUUGCUAUAGGAAUAGAAAAGAAAACGUACUUAGAUCUGGCUAAGUCAGACCUAGUUCUAAGAGUGUUUUAUUACUUUAAUCCACUCUCUGGUAUUGUGAACUAAAAUAUAAGUAAUGCUAUAUAAUCUACCCCACCAGUGAAAUAGAUUCUGUCAAAUUGAUUAUUUUAUAGAAACUUAAAAAACAAGCUGUUUGCUGAGAAAGUUUCAUCUAAGUUCUCCCUGAAAAUUUGGAGAGAAAAAUACGUAAGCAUAGACACUAAAGUUAUGCUGGAUAAAAUAUUUGUAAUACAAAUGUGACAAGAAUACAUGAAUCUGAGUUAUGAGUGGCACCACUUCACACCACGCAUUUCCUGUGAUGCUCAACCCAAUCCAUGACUCUGAAAUAUUGACUAAAUGUACACAUUUUUACUUUUGCUCUUCAGCCUGCUUACCUGCCUAUCAGCAUUCUCAGGGAUAGAAAUCUUUCAAGAAGUAGGAAAGCAUGCCAAUUUAUUUUGCUUUGCAUAUUAAUUCUGUUAAAAUGGAAGGUCAAGGUUUGCAUUUGCUCAAUUCAUUCAAGAAAUGGUUACUGAACUUCCACCAUUUGUUAGGCAAUUCUCUGGACUCUGUGCACACUGUAGUGAACUCACAGACAAAAAUCUCUGACCUUGUGAAGCCCACAUUCUAGUGUUUUGAUUUAUAUGAGACUAUGCUUAUUUACUGUUUUAAUAAUAGGUAAUGAGGAGGCAGUGGUUGUGAGGGCUCUCCUCAGUCCUGUCCCUGGAAUAUCAAUCUAUCAUGUCUAAAACAAAAGCCCAUUAACAGUCUGCUGGUUCUACAAAGAGUUAGUAUGCAUUCAGGAAGUUAUUAGCCUGUCUAUUAACUCAGCACCUUGCUUUAGGGCUUCUCAUUCGUGUUUAGUUAACUUCUUAAUGGUGAUAUUUUGCUGCAACCUUUAAACCUUUAAGGGAAAAGAAGGAACCAUCAGAUCAUUUAAUUUUGUUAAACUCUUUAGUAGAUCAGAAAGAGAAAUAAGGCAAUAUAAUAAUAGUCAAUGUUUAAGUAGCAUUUACCACAUACCAAGAACUGCUUUAAGUGUGCAUUUAUAUAUAGGUGUAUACACAUUUCUAAGUAAGUGAAUAUAUAUUCAUAUGUAUCGUAAACAAAUACAUGUCUAAUGUGUACAUACAAACUUAUAUGUUUUAAAUAUAUAUAUAUAUAUAUAUAUAUAUAUAUAUAUUUCACCUCCAACAACCCUCUUUUUACAGAUGAAGACAACCAAACUGAAGUCCCAAUAGAAUAACUGACCACUCAAGUGUACAGCUAUUGGGCAUUUAGAUUUGAAUCCAAGUACUUCGGACUGCAGGGUCUGUUCUAACAACUGCACGGCCACACCUCAGUCUACCGGCCACAGUGAUUUUGGAACUUCUCGGGAUUUCAUUUCACAGCCUGUAUUGCUUAUGCAAGGGUAACUGUAUAAAAGCCAGAUGCUAUUAGCAAAAGAUGCACUCGUGUUGCCUUUUCAUUCCAUGGUAAAUAACAAGGGCACUAAUAGCAAGAUCAUGGCUACUCUUCAGAUGGUAUGUCUUUAUAUUCAAGCAGUGCUCUGAAAAGGAGUUCUUGUUUAAUGUCAGAUAAUUUUAAGUAUAAAAGUAUAAGAAUAACGUGCUAAAAUGCAAGAUACCUUGUAGCUCAAACUACUAAAAAUACAUUUAAUUAAUGCUGUACAUCGCAGACUUAGAAAUCUGAGUAUCAUUAUAAGAACUAAACAGCCAAAAAUUAUAGGUAACAUUUUUACAGACAUUUAUUCUAAUUUCUACUGAAGUCUUAAAAAACUCUUAAUUGAAAAAGCAACAAAUGUAAUUUUUCUAUCCAUGUUUAACAUAUGUGAUGCUGCUUUAAAUUUUAAAUUUUAAUUUAAUUUCUCAGAAUCUAAAGAGAAGUAUAACCUUUUAAGUAUUUAUGUUAACAAUAAAUACUGAGGUUCCUAUGACCAACAAAGACCCUUAUAAUGUUAAUAAUCCAUUUCAAUAUUUCAUACUUUUCCAGAAUUCAGUGUACUUAACUAUGAGUAUAUUUCCAUAAAUAGUUGACCCUUCAAAAUUCGACUUAGCAAAACACAUGGCUUAGAAAAAUUGUCUUUUGUUGUUUAAGAAACAUUUUUAAUUGACUAAUUCUACUUUUGCAAUUGAAAAUUAAAAAAAAUAAUUUCUACUGCUUUUAAACAGUCUGUGUUAGCAGGAUGAACCUAGUCCUGCUUAUAAAGGGGGCAAAGAAGAAUUUUGGGUAGAAUGCUUUGAUUCUUCUUCCCUUUCCAAAAUUCAUUUAAAAAGCAAUAUAUCUAGAAUGAAUAUAUUCCCUAUACAGAUUUGGAGUAGUAAAUCAGUCAUUGUAUUGUAAUGUCUGAAAACAGUAUAAUAAAAUAAUUUUCCUUAUAUGAAGAGGUGUUAAAAUACUUUAUCUUUUGGAGGCUGGGGUUGUGGCUCAGUGGUAGAGCACUUACCUAACAUGGGUGAGGCACUGGGUUCUAUCCUCAGCAUAUAAAUAAAUAAGUAAAUAAAUAAAUAAAAUAAAAGUGUUGUGUCCAUCUAUAAUUGAAAAAUAUAAAUAUAAAAGAAUCCUUUAUAUUUUCAAUUCAUUUUAAAUAUACUCUAACAAUGUUUACUGGCACUAAGUUUCUUUACUGAAGAAAAAUAAGAAAAGAACAUUGUCCCUUAACCUCCUUCUAUCACAUACCUUCGUUUAGACUGACGUGAAAGAUGGCAAUAAAAGAUGGUUCUGUUGUAUCACCAGUCUCCCCCCUUCUCCUACACUUGACACCAGAGGAAGGAACAAAAAUAGCAAUUGUCUGUGGACCUCUAUUCACUAGACUUGGCCUCAAUCUCAUUUUUAACACUGAGGCAUGGAGCCAUCACACAGGCUGCCAGUUACUAGCAACCCAAAUUGCAAAUUAACCUGGGAAAGUUUUCCUUAGAGAAUUUUUUUCUCCUAAUAUAAAGAAAAUAUACAUAUGGAGAAUUUUUCAUUAAUUUUUAAACUAUCUUUGGAAAAAUUUUCAAGCUAAUUACCAGAUGGUGUGAUUGGUCCCUGACAUGAAGAAAGGUUUGAUUUUUUUUACUUAUUUAUAAUAAUUCUUUUAGAAAGAAAAAGUCACAUGAACCAGCUUCCCAAACUAAGAAAAAAAAAAUGUUUACUGUGAUUAUAGAGAAUUCAAUGUUGAAAGAAACUAUGAAGAUUAACAAUACCAAGUCUUCUACCCAGAACAGGAAUUUACAUCUCUGAAAGAUGAUUUCUUAACUGGAAUUACUGUUCAGGAAAACAUUAAUUAUGUUUUUUACACACCCAUUAGCAGCUGAGUUGAUAAAUCCCGCUCUCAGUAAAGUGAGAAGGCUUCCAAAACUUCCAGAAGUUAAUAUAUGCCAUUUAAUCUGUUUAGUUAAAACAAUAAAACAUAUUUUCAAAACUUUUUUCUUCAUUUAAGAAAAUAAAUGUUCCAUUCUUUUUUCCUAUUAAUACAUAUAUCUUUUCAAAUGAUAUGUUUUGAGAGCCUUGAGAAAAAUUAUUAUUUUUUUCAGAAAAUAAGAACACUUUGAUUGAAAAUAAAGGAAUAGAAGAUUAAAUAAUAGGAGCCCUGCUUGAAUCCUUGGAAUUUGAAUCUGAUUCAACCCAGGAAAUUCCUUUGGUCAGAUGCUCCUUUAAACCAAUGGGGUAUCACUUGGUGGACUUUGGGUAACUUCCUUGGCAGACCUCAAAAGGGGCAUCAGGAAAGGAACUGAGGGGCCACAGGUGUCAUAGAUACAGGUGGCUAGUCAAGGAUGAAUAAUGCUGUGGAUCAAUAUGCCCAUUCAAAAAAAUUGCACUUACCUAUAUUAAGAAGAAAACCAGUUUCCCUUUUGAUGGGAUUCCAAUAAACAUUUGUACUGUAUACAAGAUAUUUUAUUCACAUAUUAUUAAUAUCAAUGGUGAAAAUAAGAAUAAUGUUAUAGAAUUUCAGAUUCAGAAAUUCAAAUAUGGGAGAGUAAUACUGAGAGGAACAUGCAGAAAGUUUAUAUUGUUCUGAUUACCAAAUAAAUUUUAGAAACAAAUCUAAAUUAAAUAUGCCCUUGAAAUUUUCUCAAGGAGAACUACUUUAGUCUUUACCUUUUAUUAGAAGCAAUGAAUAAACAGGGAGAAAAAUAAAGAGUUCCCUGGUGUGCAAAAGAAUAAGCCCUCAGAUUCCAAGUAUUGAAAAGCAAGAAUUUAACACAAUAUAUCACUGUACUUUCUUGUAAAGAUUGUUUCUCAAACAAAUGAAAUGGACUCAAAUGAAUAAUGACAUAAGAUAUAGUGGAAAUAGUAGUGUUUGAUAACCUUAGAGAGCCCCAUGUUAUUUUUCUAUGGCUAAAAUAAUUCUAUAUAUGAAUGACAUAUAGGUCUUCGUAGCAUGCAAAAUUCGCAUUCCUUAGAAAAAUUUAUAUUCAUGAAACACUGCACAUCCUAGGUUUGGUUGAAUACCAAAAUUGUGUUAAGAUUUUUUCAAUGAAAUUUUGAGGUUUUUUUGGUGUGUAAUGAUGUUACUGAAUAUGCUAUGAGAGUCUUAAUAAGUAUGUCAUUGAAUAUAUGAACAAACAAAUCACACUUUAUUAAAAUCUAAAAUCAUAGAACUUUACAGCUUCAGGAAAUACCUAAGGAUCAUCUAGUUCAACCUCAACUGAUGGAGUAAUUCCUUCCAGAUCCUGUUGGACAGGUGUCUGCCCAUCCUCUUCUUGGUCAUUUCCAAUGACAGAGGUCUUUGUACAUAUUCAUGUCUCCCAAGUCAACCCAUUUCUUUUUUCUUUGUCUUAGUUUGCUAGAAGAUUUCUAAGAGUAAAACCACAUCUGUAACUUUCGUUCAUUUUUCACAGUUUUUCAUCCACAGAGGACCCAAGGUCUGAAAAAAAGUUUCCAAGCAUGUCUUACCUGUCUUAUUCCAGAAGAAAUUGAACAAUAUAUACUAAAGUGUAAAGUGGUAAAAACUCUAACAUGCCUUGAUCUAGACACCUUAUUUCUUCAAGUUAGAAAAAACAUUAUCCAUGAUUAGUGGUUUUGUUGUUGUUGUUUUCAACUCAGUUACAUUGGUGAUGGAGUUUUUAUUUAUCUAAACAUCACAACAUCUUUUCUCUGAAGUGUCAUUAAGCCUAGGCACUUUACAUUCAUAUGAAGAAGAUGGAUCAUGUUAUUCCCAAAGUCUAUGACUAGUACCUGAGAGUGAGAGAGAGACAUGAAAUCAAGUAUAGUGAAGAAAAGAAAGUUGCCAGUCAACUCACUCUUCAAUGCUUUGCUUUCUCCUCUUUUCUUGCUCUCCUCUUUGGAAAGUAGGCACAUCAUCAUUUUCUCUGUCUUCUGAAAACGUAAUGAAAAACCUAGGCACUAGAAGAUGCUCAAAAUGUUUCACUGAUUAAUUUACCUGAAUUUUCUUGUCAGACAUAAUUCAAUAGUGGAGACAGGAUGAGGAAUGGCCCCAGAUGGCAACACAUGAUUUCAACAGGACAUGUAUUUAUGGAACAUACAUCAGAAUCACCUUGUUCCUAGAUAAAAGGUAGGCCUUGUUUAGUUUCUCAUAUUCUUCCCUCCUCAGCUCUGGAGAUUCUUUCUCCAGGCACAAAGCUCUGUUAGUUCUCUAAGAGAGUUUACCUACACUGUGGAUUUUUAUAUUUGUAGGCUGCUCAGAUAACUUAAUUAUUUUUAAAAUGUUAUUUGUGAAAUGUAAAUUUAAAAAGAAAUACUGGUUUGCACAGAACUUGUAGUUGACAAGUGUACAUUUAACUGUGUGACUCUUCCCUGAAGACCAACUUGAUCAAUUUGCAGCUUCUUGCUAUAUUGUUGUUUUUGCUGAUGACAUUCUGGAUUUUGGCAACUUUUGAAUAGAGAAAUGGAAAUAAAAUAAAAUUUCAUUAAAUUUCUGAGAAU